AUGGGUUCAGGAGACACUCUAAAGCUUCCAGUAAUCGACUUUACUGACCUCAAAUUGGAAGCCAACAACCCUAAUUGGGAGGCAGUAAAAUCCCAAGUCCACAAGGCACUAGUAGAGUAUGGUUGCUUUGAAGCAAUUUUUCAUAAAGUUCCUUUAGACCUUAUGAAAGCCAUAUUUGGUGCACUGCAAGAACUCUUUGAUCUCCCUCUACAAACAAAGAUACUCAAUGUGUCUCAGAAGCCCUAUCAUGGCUAUGUUGGGCAAUAUCCUAUGGUCCCACUGUAUGAAAGCAUGGGCAUUGACGAUGCCAAUGUCUAUGAGAAAGUAGAAAGCAUGACCAACAUCAUGUGGCCUAAUGGAAACCCGAGUUUUAGCAAAACUAUACAAUCCUUCUCUGAGCAGUUAUCAGAGUUGGAUCAGAUUAUAAGGAAGAUGGCUUUGGAGAGCUUAGGUGUUGAGAAUUACUUGGAGGAACACAUGAACUCAACCAAUUAUCUUCUCCGAGUUAUGAAAUACAAAGGCCCUCAAACCAGUGACACCAAACUAGGGCUCAGCACACACACAGACAAGAACAUAGUGACCAUAUUGUGUCAGAACGAAGUGGAGGGUUUAGAGGUGUUGACCAAAGAUGGAAAAUGGAUAAGCUACAAGCCUUCUUCCCCUGACAGUUUCGUUGCCAUGAUUGGUGACUCUCUCCAUGCAUGGUCAAAUGGGAGGUUUCAUUCACCCUUUCACCGAGUGAUGAUGAGUGGGAAUGAGGCAAGAUAUUCUGCAGGGUUGUUCUCCGUCCCCAAAGGAGGGAAGAUUAUAAAAGCCCCAGAGGAGCUGGUGGAUGAGGAACACCCUCUGCUUUUCAAACCCUACGAUCACGUUGAGUUCCUCAAGUAUUACUACACUGAACAAGGCCAGAGAGAGCAAUUUGCACUGCACACUUACUGUGGUGUUUGA